AUGUCAAAGAACGCGGUUGAAAACGGCCAAGAAAAAGCCCAUAGUGCAGCGAGAUCGAAAUCUGGAGCUGAUAAGGUCAGUUCUAAUGAAUUGGGCAAAAGAAGUAUAUUUUACGAUCCAGAAUGGAAUCCAGAGGGAAGACCUCCCUUAGGGCUUGCAAAUGUGGCGUAUAACGCGGCAACCUUCAUGCCACGGAAGCCUGUUCAAGAUGCACUUGCCGGACUUCAAGAAAUACCUACGCCUUCUGGAAAAUAG